UCACAAAGUGAAGCUAAUUAUUGAUUCGCUCCACACUUUCCCUAGAAUUGGGCAACAGUGGAAGUCAGGGACAAAUGUUGUGCUGUGCAAGCAGUAGCUGUAGGUGACAACAGCUCGUGUCAGAGUCCAGUUCAGUCUCCUGCACCAAUCAGACAGUCAAAGGAUCCUUCCUGUCUCAUUCUCUCUAUGGCUUCUUCAGGAACAGAUUCCAGAGGCUCUUUCUCACUGCACUCUUACCAUGUCUCUGAGGAUUUGGGCUUUAUCCUUCCAGACCCACUGGAAGAUCUUCCACCUCACUACCAGCCAUGGUUAGAUAUUGCCCUGCGUAUCCCAGAACUCGUGCACAGUCAUGAGCUGCGUGCCCGUGUCGACAAGAUGCCACUGCUGAGCACCAGCUUUCUGUGCAAACACAAAGAGUUGCGGCUCGCCCACCUCGCCCUCAGCAUGAUGACGAUGGGCUACGUCUGGCAGGAAGGUGAAAACAACAUGGUCGAGAAAUUGCCAAGCAGUCUGGCUGUUCCAUUCUGGGAGGUGUCACAGCGCUUAGGACUCCCCCCAAUUUUGACCCAUGCGAGUGCAGUGCUGGCUAACUGGAAGAAGAAAGAUCCAGAGGGGCCUUUUGACAUGGAGAACCUGGAGUUGCUGGUCAGCCUCCCGGGUGGAGAGAGUGUCAGGGGUUUCUUCUUGGCCACGCUGCUGGUGGAGCUUGCAGCAGUUCCUGCAAUACGGAGCAUUCCCUCUGUUAUCAAUGGUAUCAGGUGUGGAGACACUGAUGCAGUGGUCAGAGCCCUGGAGGACAUCAGUCUCUCCAUACAGGACAUGAAUGAUGCACUUAAGUUGAUGCAAGUGCAUGUGGAUCCUUCAGUCUUCUAUGGCAUUAUGAGAAUCUACCUGUCUGGGUGGAAAGACAAUCCCUGUAUGCCAAAGGGUCUUGUUUAUGAAGGGGUCCACACAAAACCAAUGGAGUUUUCUGGAGGCAGUGCUGCACAAAGCAGUCUGCUUCACUGCUUUGAUGAACUCCUGGGAGUCAAACAUGAAGAAAAAGGCCGUUCCUUUCUAACCCGCAUGAGGGACUACAUGCCACCUGCUCACAGGCAGCUGAUCCAGGACAUUUCGUCGCAGCCGUCCCUGAGGAGUUUUGUCCAGCAGCAUCAGGCCAACGAUCAGCUGAACCAGGCCUAUGAGUUCUGUGUCUCAAAGCUGUUGGCCCUGCGCAACUACCACAUCAAUGUCGUGAGCCGUUUCAUCACUGUGCCUGCGGCUCGAGCUCGACAGCUCCGCAACCACAGCCAGGACUCAGAGGGGGAGACGGUCAUCAAAGCCCCCAAAGCACUGGAGGAGAGGGGCACCGGCGGGUCUGGCAUCAUGACCUUUCUGAAGACUGUGAGGGAUGAAACAAAAGAUGCACUUCUGACGGAGCCGAGCAAAAAGAUAAAAAAUCACAGCUGACAUAAACUGUAGCCACAAUGGAUCACCUCUUGUUACGUUGCACAAACUAUAUGUAAAUAAAUGAAAAAACUUUU